AAUACUUAUCUUAACCUAAUAAUGACUUUUAUAAUCACCAAAGAACAUAAAUAUUAUUUACUAUUUACCUUAUUGCUGAGACUCAUAUAAAAGUAGUCAUGAAUGUGUAUGUCAUUGUUCGACGUUCAGUGGUUUGUUGCACACCGUUUUAAGUUUGUGAUUUUCCCGGCUAAGUCGAUGUGCACACGGCACGCGCUUUCUGUGAUAGCACUUUAUAACAACGAUAUCACAGUCAAACAACUCAGUCUCCGAACUACAUUCACGUGCUGAAAUUGCUUCUCCAAGCUCACCUCAAUCUGUCUAUCCACGUGUAUCAACAAUGGCUCCCGUCGAGAACCUGAAGAAUGAACAGCCCAAAUACUUGAAGGGCGACAUCAAAGCAUCAGCUCUGGAACUGAUUGGCAACACGCCCAUUGUGGCAUUGGAUCGCCUUUACAGUGGCCCUGGGAGAAUAUUGGCGAAAUGUGAAUACAUGAAUCCUGGUGCAUCAAUCAAGUGCCGUUCAUCGUUAAGCAUGAUUAACCGUGCUUUAAAGUCUGGUGAGCUGAAACCUGGUCAUCCAGUGGUGGAGAUUACCUCUGGAAACCAAGGCUGCGGUCUGGCUGUGGUGUGCGCUGUAUUGGGACAUCCUCUGACACUGGCUAUGUCCAAAGGCAACAGUGUUCAGAGGGCACUUCAUAUGGAAGCUCUUGGUGCGAAAGUAGUUCGAGUGGACCAAGUUAAAGGAACCUAUGGGAAUGUAACAUAUGCUGACGUUGAAGUCGUUCGAGAAGUAUGUGAUAAGUUGGUGGAGGAACAGAACGCGUACUUCGUUAACCAGUUCAGCAAUGAAGCAAAUGCGGAUGCUCAUUAUGAAAGCACAGGACCUGAGAUCUGGCAGCAGACUGGACACCACGUAGAUGCUUUUGUAGCAGCAGUUGGCACAGCUGGCACGUUCAUGGGCACAACGAGAUAUCUGAAGGAACAAAACCCCAACAUUAAAGCAUACGUGGUCGAGCCAGCUGGUGCUGAAGCUAUUGCGGGGUGUCCAGUCACGAAGCCUCUUCACUUGCUGCAAGGAUCAGGAUAUGGAUUAAUACCUGACUUGCUUAAAUACGAACUUAUGGAUGGUUCUUUGAGUGUGACUGAUGAGGAGGCUGUGAAGUACAUGAAGUUGAUCGGUGAGAAGGAAGGUCUGUACGUGGGCUACACCAGCGGUGCCAACGUGGCGGCUGCUGUCAAGCUGCUGGAGUCAGGGCUGGUGCCUGAGGAUGCCUGGGUGGUCACAGUACUGGCUGAUACUGGACUCAAGUACACUCCAGUACCAGAGGAAUUAAUGAAGUGAAAAGUGACAGUGCAACAACUGAUAGUAAUAUUAAUUGUGUGUACGAUAUUAAUUUCUAUAGUAUAAAUAACAAUGUGAUAUUAUUUAUCUUAUCGUAAGCUUUAAAAAGUGUAUUUAAUGAUAAGUGAUACUAAUAAGUAAGGUAAGAAAAAAAUCUAAAUGUUUUAAUCUGUUUCGUAAUUUUAUAAAUAAAUGUGUUGCUAAAA